CGCGUAGCGCGGUGCUUUGACUCGCGGAUUCGCAUCACGCGGAGGCCUCGGCGGCCCCUCCCGCGGAGACGGAGCGUGGGACUCGAGGACCCAUGGACCCCACCAUCUCUGUACAAAAUCCUGAAAAGAAGGAAGAUUCUUCUGUAUGUGUUGGCAGAGAAGAUGACAUUAAAAAAUCUAAAAGAAUGACAGCUGUUGUCCAUGAUCGAGAAGUGGUGAUUUUCUACCACAAAGGAGAGUAUCAUGCUAUGGAUAUUCGCUGUUACCAUUCAGGAGGACCUUUACAUUUGGGAGAAAUAGAGACUGAUACGGAUGUGAUGCUUGAGCAAGAGGCAAUACGCCUAAGGACAAAACACAACAAAUGGGAUAGCAGGGGACAAAGACGGCUACACCAACUCCUAGAUGUACAGAUGGGUGUGGCAGUUUCAGCCCACUCUCUCCAGAUGUCACGCUGGAAAAUUUCCCAGAGUCCCUGGCUCCUAGAGAGAGUUUCCAGGAAAUGAAGAAACAGUCGCUGCUCUUCCCCUCUUGCUAAAAGAAUGUAAAAUGAUAGUAUGCCUUUGAAUCCCACUAUUAGGCUACAAGGAGACAAACAUACACAAGUAGAGAACAGAGAUUAAGAAGAAAAGCAGCUACAUCCCAACAAAAUGCCUCCUAACAGGGUAAAAAGACUCACAAAUUUGUGACCAUAUGAAUGCAUGGUAGUAGGAACAACACAUGUAAAUGGCCCAUAUUCAAUAACUGGUAGGGAGCCCUGGUGGCACAGUGGUUAAGAGCUCGGCUGCUAGCCAAAAGGUCAGCAGUUUGAAUCCACCAGCUGCUCCCUUGAAACUCUUAUGGGACAGUUCUACUCUGUCCUAUAGGGUCACUAUGAGUUGGAAUCAGCUCGACGGCAAUGAGUUUGUAUACAAUUAAAGAAUAAAAGUGGUGUCUGCAUGAGAAAUUGUAUCUUUAUUUUUCUCAGAUUUUGUCACCUAAAAGUAAUUAAAAUGGAUCAGUUUCUAAUUCCAUUAUGUAUUUGAUAUAUGUUUUGUUUGGUGGUACAAAUGGUUAAGUGCUGGACCACUAAUAGAAAGGUUGGUGGCUCAAAUCCACCCAGAAGUGCCUUGGAACUAAGGCCUGGAGAUCUGCUUCUGAAAGGGCAGUCUUGAAAACCCUUUGGAGCAGUCCUACUCUCCCCACAUGGGGUUGCCAUGAGUCAGAAUUGACUCGAUAGCAAUUUAUGACUGCAACAACAUGUUUCCAAGUAAUGAAUUUGUAUAUUGACUAAGGGUCACUUUUUUUUUACUAUUUUAAUACUUUUAAUAAAUACUUGUUAUUUCUGUAACAAAUUAUCCCUGUAGAAAAUACAUUUUCUCUAUAAUUUAUGUGGCUACUGGCAAGUAGCCAUUUCCUAAUUUUAUGACUCACUUGUAAUAUAUG